CCGGAGCUGGAAUCCCAGCCUAGCCUGUCAGUCUCCGCCCCUUCCAGGACCCGGAGCGCGGCAAAGGAGGCUGUCUCGGGACAGACGGACAGACCGCGGGCGGACAGACGGACAAGCACGGGAGGCGCGCGAUGGCCGCGGCUGCAGAGCCCUGUGUGGGACAGGGAGUCUGGAACUGGACAGAGCCUGAACCCAUUGCUGCCCACCUAUUGAACGUGUGCUUCCUGAAAACGGCAGGGAUCUGGGUACCCCCGAUGUACCUCUGGGUCCUUGGCCCCAUCUACCUCCUCUACAUCCAUCGCCACGGCAACAACUACCUCCGGAUGUCCUCGCUCUACAAGGCCAAAAUGGUGCUUGGGCUUGCCCUCAUCAUCCUGUGCACGUCCAGCGUGUCUGUGGCUCUCUGGAGAAUCCAGCGGGGAACACCCCAGGCCCCAGAAUUCCUCAUUCAUCCUACUGUGUGGCUCACCACGACGAGCUUCGCCAUGUUCCUGGUCCACACAGAGAGGAAGAAAGGGGUCCGGGCAUCGGGGCUGCUGUUUGGAUACUGGCUGCUCUGCUUUCUCUUGCCAGUGACCAGUGCUGCCCAGCUGGCCUCGCAAGGGGGCUUCCAGAGUGACCCCUACUACCACCUGUCGACCUACCUGUGCUUGUCUCUGGUGCUGGCACAGUUUGUGCUGUCCUGCCUCGUUGAUCAACCCCCCUUCUUCCCUAAAGACCCCCAACAGUCUAAUCCAUGCCCAGAGGCUGGAGCUUCCUUCCCUUCCAAGGCCAUGUUCUGGUGGGUUUCUGGGCUGGUCUGGAGAGGCUACAGGAGGCCACUUGGGCCAAAAGACCUCUGGUCACUUGGGCGAGAAAACUCCUCAAAAGAAAUUGUUUCCCAGCUCGAGAGGGCAUGGACGAAAAACCGCAGUGCGGCCCAGCGGCACACCAAGGCAGGAGCAGCUAAAAGGUAUGGCACGGAGGUCCCAGAGACAGAGGUCUUCCUGCAGCAAGAAGGGAGCCAGAGCGGCUUGCUGCUGAGGGCCAUCUGGCAGAUGUUCCGUUCCACCUUCCUCCUGGGGACCCUGAGCCUUGUCAUCUGUGAUGUCUUCAGGUUUGCUGUCCCCAAGCUCCUCAGCCUUUUUCUAGAGUUUAUUGGUAAUCCCACGACCCCGGCCUGGAAAGGGUAUCUCCUCGCGGUGCUGAUGUUCCUUUCUGCCUUCCUGCAAUCAGUAUGGGAGCAGCAGUACAUGUACAGACUCAAGGUGCUGCAGAUGAGGCUGCGAACUGCCAUUACUGGCCUGGUGUACAGGAAGGUCCUGGUCCUGUCCAGCGCCUCCAGAAAAGCCAGCACGGUGGGUGACGUGGUCAACCUGGUGUCCGUGGACGUGCAGCGGCUGACCGAGAGCGUCGUCUAUCUUAACGGGCUGUGGCUGCCGAUUAUCUGGAUCAUCAUCUGCUUCGUCUACCUCUGGCAGCUCCUAGGACCCUCUGCCCUCACUGCCAUCGCUGUCUUCCUGAGCCUCCUCCCUCUGAAUUUCUUCAUCACCAAGAAGAGGAAACAGCAUCAGGAGGAGCACAUGAGGCAGAAAGAUUCUCGGGCACGGCUCACCAGCUGCGUCAUCAGGAACAUGAAGAUGGUCAAGUCCCACGGCUGGGAGGGAGCCUUUCUAGAAAGAGUCCUGCACAUCCGGGGCCAGGAGCUGGGUGCCUUGAGGACCUCCAGCCUCCUCUUCUCUGUGUCUCUGGUGUCCUUCCAAGUGUCCACGUUUCUGGUCGCACUGGCGGUGUUUGCUGUUCAUUCGCUGGUGGCUGAGGAGAAUGCCAUGGACGCUGAGAAAGCUUUUGUGACUCUCGUGGUUCUCAAUAUCCUCAACAAGGCUCAGGGUUUCCUGCCCUUCUCCAUCGACUCCGUGGUCCGGGCCCGGGUGUCCUUGGACCGUCUGGCCGCCUUCCUCUGCCUGGAAGAAGUUGACCCUGGGGCUGUGGACUCAAGUCCCUCCAGACGCUCUGCUGGGGACACGUGCAUCAGCGUGCACAACGGCACCUUCGCCUGGUCCCGAGAAGGCACCCUCUGCCUACGCAGGAUAAACCUCACUGUGCCCCAGGGUCAUCUGCUGGUGGUUGUUGGUGCAGUGGGGGCAGGGAAGUCCUCUCUGCUCUCUGCCCUGCUUGGGGAGCUGUCAAAGGUGGAGGGAUCGGUGACCAUCAAGGGUUCCGUGGCUUACGUGCCCCAGGAGGCCUGGGUCCAGAACACAUCCGUGGUCGAGAAUGUGUGCUUCAGGCAGGAGCUGGACCCGAUGUGGCUGGAGAGGGUCCUGGAGGCCUGUGCCCUGUGGCCAGACGUGUGCAGCUUCCCUGCAGGGGUCCACACCAAAAUUGGGGAGCAGGGCAUGAAUCUCUCCGGGGGCCAGAAGCAGCGACUGAGCCUGGCCCGGGCCGUGUACAGGAAGGCCGCUGUGUACCUGCUGGAUGACCCCCUGGCGGCCCUGGAUGCCCACGUCGGCCAGCAGGUCUUCAACCAGGUCAUUGGGCCCGACGGGCUGCUCCAGGGAACAACACGGAUUCUCGUGACCCACGCACUCCACGUCCUGCCCCAGGCUGAUUGGAUCGUGGUGCUGGAAGACGGAGCCAUUGCAGAGAUGGGUUCCUACCAGGAGCUUCUACGCAGGAAGGGGGCCCUGGUGGGCCUUCUGGAUGCAGCCAGAAGGCCCGGAGAUAGAGGAGAUGGAGAAACAGAACUCACGACUGAUGCCAAGGACCGCAGAGACCCUGCUGGAAGUGGGAGGCCCGAGGGUGGACCCGAGAGUGACAGGUCCAUGAAGUUGUUGGUCUCUGAGAAGGACAGAGCCGCUUCAGAGGCCCAGCCAGGGGCUCCCCUGGAUGAUCCAGAGUGGGCAGGAUGGUCAACAGGAGAGGAUGGCAUCCAGUAUGGCAGGGUGAGGGCCACCAUGCACCUGACCUACCUACGGGCUGUGGGUGCCCCACUGUGCCUCUAUGCACUGUUCCUCUUCCUCUGCCAGCAAGUGGCCUCCUUCUGCCGUGGCUACUGGCUGAGCCUGUGGGCCGACGACCCCACUGUGGAUGGGCGACAGACCCAGGCGGCUCUGCGUGGCUGGAUCUUCGGGCUCCUGGGCUGCCUCCAAGCCAUUGGGCUGUUUGCGUCCAUGGCCAUGGUGCUCCUGGCAGGAAUCCGGGCAUCCAGACUGCUUUUCCAGAGGCUUCUGUGGGAUGUGGCACAGUGUCCCAUCGGCUUCUUUGAGCGGACGCCCAUCGGGAACUUGCUGAAUCGCUUCUCUAAGGAAACAGACACAGUAGAUGUGGACAUCCCAGACAAACUCCGGUUCUUGCUGAUUUAUGCCUUUGGACUGCUGCAGGUCAGCCUGGUGGUGAUGGUGACCACCCCUCUGGCUAUUGUCGCCUUCCUGCCGUUGCUGGUCCUCUAUGCUGGGUUUCAGAGCCUGUACGUGGCCAGCUUAUGCCAGCUCAGACGCCUCGAGUCAGCCAGGCACUCGUUCGUGUGUUCCCAUGUGGCCGACACGUUCCAGGGCAUCACAGUGGUCAGAGCCUUCCAGGCCCAGUGCCCCUUUGUGGCUCAGAAUGACAUGCACGUGGAUGAAAGCCAGAGAGUCAGUUUCCCGCGGCUGGUGGCUGACAGGUGGCUGGCUACCAACCUGGAGCUCCUGGGGAACGUGCUGGUGUUGGCAGCCGCCAUGUGUGCUGUGCUGAGCAAGGCCCACCUUAGUGCCGGCCUCGUGGGCUUCUCUGUUUCUGCUGCCCUCCAGGUGACCCAGACACUGCAUUGGGCUGUUCGCAGCUGGACAGACCUGGAGAGCAGCAUCGUGUCGGUAGAGCGGAUGAAGGACUAUGUCCAGACGCCCAAGGAGGCGCCCUGGAGGCUACCCACCUGUGCAGACCGGUCCCCCUGGCCUCACGGGGGGCAGAUCGAGUUCCGGGACUUUGGGCUGAGAUACAGACCUGAGCUCCCACUGGCCGUUCGGGGUGUGUCCUUCAAGAUCGAAGCCGGAGAGAAGGUGGGCGUCGUUGGCAGGACAGGGGCCGGGAAGUCCUCCCUGGCCGGGGGCCUCCUGCGGCUCCUGGAGGCGGCCGAGGGUGGGAUUUGGAUCGACGGGGUCCCCAUCACCCAUGUAGGGCUGCACACGCUGCGGUCCAGGAUCACCAUCAUCCCCCAGGACCCCACCCUGUUCCCUGGCUCGCUUCGGAUGAAUCUGGACAUGCUGCAGGAGCACCCGGACCAAGCCAUCUGGGAGGCCUUGGACACGGUGCAGCUCAGAGCCCUGGUGGCCAGCCUGCCUGGCCAGCUGCAGUAUGAGUGUGCUGACCAAGGGUGCAACCUGAGUGUGGGCCAGAAGCAGCUCCUGUGUCUGGCACGUGCCCUUCUCCGGAAAACCCAGAUCCUCAUCCUGGACGAGGCCACAGCCGCCGUGGACCCGGGGACGGAGUUCCAGAUGCAGGCCGCCCUCAGGAGCUCGUUUGCCCAGUGCACAGUGCUGGUCAUUGCCCACCGCCUGCGCUCUGUGAUGGACUGCGCCAGGGUGCUGGUCAUGGACAAGGGGCAGGUGGCAGAGAGUGGCAGCCCGGUCCAGCUGCUGGCCCAGAAGGGCCUGUUUCACAGGCUGGCACAGGAGUCAGGCCUAGUCUGAGCCCUCUGCCCUCGCCUCGCCAACCCGGAGAGACUGCUGUGCCUUGGAGGUACAGGUGACCCAGGGGUCAUCAGUGGCACCUCAGUAUUGGAUCUAGAGCCCUCUGAUCUCUGGGAGGAAAAC